AUGUUCUGGGUGAUCCACUCGCUGCUCCAGGAUAAGACCACCCUCAACCACACGGGCUACAUUCGCAUGACGGGGCGGGUGCGGGUGCAGGACCUCAAGGCGGCUUUCCAGCAGAUCUGUAAUCGCCACGAGAGCAUGCGCGCCUGCUUCUAUCUGGACGAGUAUAACAAGGACGACCGCAACGACGAAGCAGCCGGACAGGGGCACAUGAUCAUGGAGUGCUGGAGCUGGAGCACAGGGAGAUAG